UUGUGAUUCGGUAUUGUGUUAGUUAAUUUACCAUGACUGAUUAUCACAUAAACACUCCUGGUAUUAUGUGUAGUCAAGUGUAAAUAUUAUCACCUUAUCUGUUAACAAACUUGCGGAUAUUUAUUCGCAGAAUGUUUAACCUUUGACGACGUCGUUUAAAAUAUAAAAUAACGAAUAACGACGUUUUGCGUAAAAUAUGGACAAAUCAACGGAACGACGUCGAACACUUAUUUUCAUCACGAUUGUGAUUUUGUUUGUUCUGACUAUAGUUUUAACUGCUCUGUUUGUUUUGUUCCUCGUUGAAGAGGGGACACAGCAAAUUAUUCUUUUAAUUUUGUUGGGAUUGAUGAUACUAGUUGGUAUUUUGGCUUGUGCGGUUAUAGAAGCGCACAGGAGAAAAGCGGCCGUCAGAAAAGAACAAAGUGCGCACUUAUGGAUUCAGCGCACCUUUCAUGAGCAAAGGGAACAAUAUAAUCCUUCUGCCCCGCCCAUGAGCGCACGAACGUCUUGGGCUUUAACUUCCCCUUGGAAAUCCCACAGAGAAACCUCUUUACCUCCUUAUUCACCCCCACAUUCCCCCAGAAACAACAGAUAAAUAAUUCUAUAGCGAAAUAUUUGUAAAUUGUACUUAAUAAUAGUAGACAUGUGAUUUUUUUUACCUUAUAUAAAUAUUACUACUGAAAACGUAAACGCGAUAGUCAAAAAAGUCAUUAGCAGUUAAAUUAAUUGCUUUAAAAAUUAAUUAAACUAUUUCUAGUUGA